AUUUAAUCGAGUUGAUGAUGAUUCAAAACUCCCAAAUGCACCAGGUGGUGAUGAACAGCCUGGCUGUGUCGGCACUGACGUCCUUUGGGUUCGGUUCAUCCCCAGCCGCUGCCCAGGUGACAGUGGUACCUUUGCAGACCAGAGAGGAAGAGGAGGCUAUGGUCUUCCACCAUCACUACAUCCCCUACCCCAGUCCUGCUCCUGUCCUGGCAUGGCCAGUCCUGGCGCGGGACCAGGGGCCGGCGGCCAUGCGCAGUGCGGUGCCCCCCCCUCCACCCCCUGGCACCACAGGGACCGUGGGACCCGAUGUCCCGCCAGCAUCAGAGUACUAUGACAUGAUGGAGGAGAGGCUGUGA